AUGCAGCGGGCGGUCGGGACCCGGGCGCUGCAUACCCGGCUGCACGCUAACCGGGUCACACCGCGACCGGGUCACGCGGUCAAAGCGUACCCCGGUCACCCGGUUGUCGGGGAAGACACGCCCGGCUCCCUCAAUAUGUCGCCGGUUCAACUGUUCACAAUGCGUCCGCUCCAACUGGCUGUUAUACACUGCCUGUUUACAUGUUGCUGUGCCGACACGAGCCCAGGCCUUCGUAUCGAUAACUUAACGUGGCCACGUAUCGACGAUGGCUUUGGACAGCACGUCGGUCAGGCGCAAACUCUAGAUAAGCUACGGCCGCGCCUUCCAGAAAAGAGUUACAGUAUGUUCUCCCUAUGUCGAAGAUACAAAGAUGAACAUGAACAUGGCGGCACACAGAUCAAAGGAGGCUACAUGCUGCGAUACAAAAGGAAAUACCUGUGGAAUUCUUGGUCGGAGGAAUGGGUGGUACUCUACGACGACUCUACGAUGGCGUGGUUUAAGGACGCCUCCGGGAAAUGCCUGGCCACGCAGAAGCACCUCGUGAAGGAGAGCCCGGAAAUGCUCGCGAUCUCCACCUGGACCGGGCAGGUGCCCAAGCGGCCAGCUCUUCCGCCUGGGGCCAGGCUCUCGCAGCUGAUGGCGCUCGGCUCCAGAAGGGACCCCGGCCACGUGGUGUGGAUGCUCGCCAAGUCCGACGCCGAAAUGAGGGAGUGGGUGGCGGCUAUUUCGAAAACGCUCCCGCCACCGCCGCACAUCGAGCUGGUGAUGUCCAUGCCGUACAUCCGUACCGCUUUCAAGAAACCAACUGUUCGAGUUAGACCGACCUCGUCGGAAAUGUACACCAGAAGCACACGCAGUGCGUUGAGCGCUUUGGACGGACGCGGUCUGGUGGCGGUGAUCAAGAGACAGGUGCCACUGGCGGGGCAGCUGGAGCACGAGCUCGCGUGGGGCCAAGGCUGGGGCUGGGUGACGUUGCCCAACGGCGUGUGGAGCGGACCGUUGGCGGGACAGUUGGACCACGAACUCGCGUGGGGCCAAGGCUGGGGCUGGGUGACGUUGCCCAACGGCGUGUGGAAUGGACGUCUGAUGUGGUCGCAAGAGGGCGACGACUUCGCCCUGCACGCGAUGCCGAUCAUGCACCACACGAACGUGUCGCAGGCGUGCUCGGUGCUAGACGGGGUGACCGCUUACGAGGCGUCCGCCUACGAGCAGGCGCUCGCGGAGUACGACGACACCGCCACCACUUCGGACGACUGGGAUUUCGGCGUGGACUGCGGCGACUUCAUGAUG